UUUCUUCAUCAAGUCUCAAGUCUCAGGUAGUGGUGUGGUGUCGCGUGUCCCGCAUAUGCAUGCAAGCAGCCGCUUUUGCUUCUGCAGGUCGCUCCGUUUGCACGAGGCUGGAGCUCUCGAGAUGAUCAUUGAGUCUCUGUUUGUCGUCUCCUCUCUUCAGAAUCACAAAGCUCGAUUGGAGUAAGAACAUGGCUCCUAAACCCGUUGCUCAUUCUGGUAUUUGGACUCCUCAAUUGUCACAGACAUUUUAUACACAUGCCAACCAAUUAUCGAAGAAACUCAAGUCGCAACAAAGUCCACGACAACCUCAAAAUUAUCGGCAGAGCUGUAGUUACUCUGGCAAAGAUGAACGUUAUAUCCUAUCAUACGAAGAGGAAUUGCACCUCGCGGACCACUUUGCAUUCCUUGCUCAUGUGGCCGAGUCAGUGGCAUGCGUAUCUGCUGUUACUAUUGAAGAGAAUCGAGAACUGCCUUCUCUCACAGUGAGAUUGGCUUCGAAUGAAACACCCCGAGAUCAUGUGGUAGAAGGACUUUCGAGGAUAUUGGACGUACUGCGAGAACAUGCCAUUGAAGGUAGACAUCGACAUACAUACAAAUCGAGAUUAUUCGACGCUGUGAUAAACUUAAGCAAAGACCGAAUAUAUGGCAGACUACGAUCGUCCCAGUGGAAACGUCCUCAACAUGUCAAGGCUACUGGUAAUACUGGUCCUCUAUAUCUGAGGAUAGAGAGCAAACUUCAGCAGGCCAAAGGCAAAUUUGGAAAAGCAAUGAGGCAUGCUGGUCUCUACGCAGCUCUUACAAAAUUGUGUGUUGCGUUGAAAGCAGUAGAUCUAGGGGCCGAAUCUGAACAGCCGCAUUUGUUGCAGCUGGCGAUACAAGAGAGCUAUUCCAUCUCGAAGUAUGGAACUUUCAAGUCACUGGAAGCUCAUCUCAGAGCUCUUGGAGCAAGCCAGGACGUAUCUCAAAGCAGAGAAGUACUUGAGAUUGACAAGCUCGGCAAAUAUUUCGAGCUCUGCGACGACUUGAUUCGACUCAGCCGCCAGCCCGAGACGAGACCCUUGUGCCAGAACAUUAGCCUCGAAAUAUGUACAUCCUUCCCGGAAAUCAAACGUUCGGGCUCACCAAGUCCAUGUCAUGUCCAUGGCGAGGUUCAGUUGGUCCUCUUUUACGAGAAGAAUCCAAGACAAACGCUCCCUCGGGCCAUUGGAUCCAGCAAGUCGGCUUGCUUCCUGUGCGACCUUUUCAUCAAAAAGCAUGGCAAAUUUGGGCUCUCACAUUCACACAUGAAGCUGUACACAAUGUGGACAAUUCCUGAAAUUCCAUGGAUGAAUACAGAGCAGCGGCAAAGAUUCCAGCGCCUUAUUCAUGCCAUGGAUACCGAGAUCGUAUUACUACUCAAGGAGAAAUCGUACCACCCAAACCAUGCAAUGGAAAGUCGAGCACACAUGCGCUUGAUAGACCAGGUUCCGGACAUAGCGUCUUCGAAUGCUAGCCCUGCGGUCUCUGUAAUUAUCCGCAAUUCGAAUCUCCUAGUUAUGGUCGAGAAUGCUUCAGCGACAAUGCUAGAGCCUGUUCCGGUUCAGAACCCCGCAAUCUCGUCAUCCGUCUAUUAUUCCGAAGAUCUUCCUAUCAAAGAAGAUAUAGGACCUUCAACUCGAUUGUUGACGCUGCUAAUAGGCAAAGUUGACUAUAUCUUCGACUGCGAAGAUGUUGAAUCUGGGCAGCUUCAAAUCUCCAGUCAUAUUGAAGGAGCUGGACGGAAAGAUGUCUUCAGAGUUAACGCCAGAGACCCUGACUUGGACUCGAUCCUUUCUCUGAGGGACGGCGCAGAUGACCAUAUGUUGACGUUUUGCGUUCAUGACAAUGAUCGCCAUGAGCUGGAAGUUGUUUUUCGGUGGACUGGCUCGAUAUGAGCUGAUCGUUCAUGGCGUCUCGGAUGUACUUUCCUGCACCGGACACGAAUGACGACGGUCACUUCCACGGAAGCUUCCAUGAGACAGA